AUGGAGCCGCUGCUGGGCUGGCAGUUCGAGGACUCCCUCUUCGCCCCGAGCCGGGAGCGGGGCCCGGGCGGCGGGCCGGCGCCCUGCGGCGCGAAGCACUGCGAGCCCCGCUGGUUUCGCAGCGAGGCGGACGGCGGGGAAGGCGCCGGCGGGCUAACGGCCAGCAAGUUCCGGGCGGACUGGGCCUACCGGCAGCGGGAGUUUGAGAAAGCCCUAUGUGAAUACUCAAACUGCUUACUACUCUUACCUCCCAGUAACAUUGCAAUGAGACGAGAUGUCCAAGAGGGCCAGGCUCGGUGUUUAUCUCGCCUGGGAAGGCACAAGGAGGCUCUGGAUAUUGCAGAAAAAAUGAGAAACGGUGCUACUAACACAGAUCAUUUAAUGACAGUUCUCAACCUGCAGUUUGCCAUUUACCAGGGUCUGGAAAAUGUAGAAAAAAAGAUCACGUGUCUGCAGCAACUGAUCUGCUUACAUCCUUUCAACCCUUGGUACUGGAAGUUACUUGCUGAAGCUUAUAUGAGCCUUUUACAGAGUUUGUCUCCCUUAGUCAUUCCAGAAACAAAUCUAAAUCAGUCUGAAGAGGUUAGUGUCAGUGAUAGUAGUUUCAAAACAUCAACUGGAAGAGAGAUUAAUAUGCAGCCUCACAGAUCAGAUGGCCAGAAAGAAGGCCCUUGGUCCAGCCUUGCUACAGAAACAAAGAGGGAGAAUGCAGUGACUUGUAGCAGCAGCCAAGCUGUAGAAGAAUUCCUCUGCGCUUCAGAAGAACCGGAAAGGACAGACAAAGGGAAAUGCGCAGCCUCUGAGUCCUGGGAGCAGAACAUACCGAAGAAAGUUGGGAUAAAGGCAUGUGCCUCAUUUAUUAGAGCAAGGCUUUUACUUCAGCUUACCCAGUUGCAACAGUCGUCCUUUGCACUAGAGAAUAACCUAAAAGGUCAAAAAGAGAUUGAUGGCAAAGUGGCACGACUUGGUUUCAGUGAAAACUCCUUGCUGUUGAUGACCAAGGUUAUGGGGCAGGAUCUUAUACCAGAAAAACUAAAAGAGGAAUUUCAGGGUGAGGUAAAAUGCGUAGGCCCUUCAGCACUAUCAUCAUUGGUAACUGCGUCAGCCGCAGAGUUUGAAAUCAAAUGGUUCGGUAAUCUCCAAGAUGAUUUAUGUCACUUUAACAGACAAUUCUAUUCAGAUAUAUAUCUCCCACCUUUGGUAACUUAAAGGUUUUGUUGUAUUUAUUCUCAUGUCUCCAAAUGAUUAUGGAAUGAUAUACACAAUAAAGUUCGUAUUACAUUUUUAAAGAA